UGAGCGCUCUCCUCAGCUGUGGAGGCCGUGGGCGGCACCCCAGGCUUCGCGGCGGACUGCCCGGUUUCCUGCGCGCGAAGGGCCUCGGAGGACCCCAGCGACGGCAGUAGCUCAGGCCCCAGCGGACGAAGUGGUAGUUGUGGCCGCUUCAUUUACACCCACUGUAAACUGAUUGCCUGGUGAACGCACUUAGCUGGCUCCUCUGACUACGCUCACUGAUAGUUGUACAGCCGCCGCCAUGUCUGUUAGCGAAAUCUUCGUGGAACUACAGGGUUUUUUGGCUGCCGAGCAGGAUAUCCGGGAGGAAAUCCGAAAAGUAGUACAGAGUUUAGAACAAACAGCUCGGGAGAUUUUAACUCUAUUGCAAGGGGUCCAUCAGGGUGCUGGGUUUCAAGACAUUCCAAAGAGGUGUUUGAAAGCUCGAGAAUAUUUUGGUACUGUAAAAACACAUCUAAUGUCUUUGAAGACCAAGUUCCCUGCUGAACAGUAUUACAGAUUCCAUGAACACUGGAGGUUUGUGUUGCAGCGCUUGGUCUUCCUGGCAGCAUUUGUUGUAUACUUGGAAUCGGAAACACUAGUGACUCGAGAAGCAGUUACAGAAAUUCUUGGCAUUGAGCCAGAUCGGGAGAAAGGAUUUCAUCUGGAUGUGGAAGAUUAUCUCUCAGGAAUUUUAAUUCUUGCUAGUGAACUGUCAAGGCUGUCUGUCAACAGUGUGACUGCUGGAGACUACUCCCGGCCCCUUCACAUCUCCACUUUCAUCAAUGAACUGGAUUCUGGUUUCCGCCUUCUCAACCUGAAAAACGACUCCCUGAGGAAGCGCUAUGAUGGCUUGAAGUACGAUGUGAAGAAAGUAGAGGAGGUGGUCUAUGAUCUCUCCAUCCGGGGCUUCAAUAAGGAGACAGCAGCAGCUUGUGUAGAGAAAUAGGAGACUCUACCCAUGCCUGACUCUGCUGAUCUCAAUGGUUGCCAGUGAGGGUGAGCACAGCACUGCUCACCGUAGUUACCAUGCCCUGUUGCUAAGUACCACACUUCAUUUUCUUGUCCAGCUGUAUGGUGUGUAUCAGAAUUGAGACAUUUCUUUGGGGGUAAAAGAAUAACCUGUACAGGGACAGGUAUUUUUUUGUUGUUUCAGUGAAUUUGCUCUCCAGUUCAGUUCUGUCAAAAAGUGCAAAUCUCAGUCUCUUGCUAAAGUUUCUUUCUUGUUUACCCUGAUACCAGUUGAGAAGUUUAUUUUCUUGUGAGUCUUCAGAAGCGGUCCUUGAUAUUUUCUAUACCCAAAUUAGCCAUCCAUACACAGGAAGAGCCUGGAUAUAGUAUGAAAACAGAUAAUUAAAAAGGAUGGUUGUUAAGCAAAGGAAACUCAUUAUGUAUUUUCUUCCUGUAUUUUAAGCCUGGUGAAUAAAUCAGAUGUUGAAUUUUUUUGCAAGGGAGUUAUAGCUCUCUCUUACUGCCAUCAAAGUAUAGAAUUAAACUGCAAAGUCAAGUUCAAGAUAUUGGGAAGUUUUUAUAUUAAAGGAUUGAGUAACAUCGUAUCACUUGGCUCUAUUUACUGGGAGGGAAGAUGGGUAGGGCUUAACGUUUUAAACACCUUGGUUUCCUGAUGUUGCCUUAACAUUUUGCUCUUGCAAACAUUUAAAAAUCAUUUUCACACACAUCUUUAGCGCUUCACGUGAUAAAUUUCUAAGAUUUGAAACCUUUUCCCUGGCAGCCAGCUAGACUGUUUGGUGUGUGAGUAUAAAGCCACCCAGUCAAGUUAAUUUGCCUGAUUGGUGUGUUCUGCAAAAAAUGCCGUGCUUUGUCCAGGAGAAAGAGAAAAACCUUGGAUUAAAAAAAACAACAAACAAUAUAAAACAGUUGAUUGGUACUGUGUUUUAGAGUAAGCAGUUUUAGGUAAAGGCUCUCCAACAGUCAGGUUUAGAUUUAUAGUUUUGGGCAAGUCACAUAAAUCUUGUUGGCACAUUCCUUUCCCUCCCCAUUUUUAGGUAGUGCUAAGAAUAUUUGCCAUGUCAUUUUUACUGUUGGAUUGAAGUUAUUAAAAUGGUGACAAUCCAUGGUUUUUUGGAGCUCACUGAAAGGAAGGUGGUAGUAUUUCUAGAAUAAUCUGAAGAUUUAGAUGUAUCACCUUUUCAUACCUGAUUCCAGUUUGAGCUUCCUGUUUAUAUAGUGGGAUAUUUGGCAUGGAAAUCAAAGCUUUUUAUCAGGUUGAAUUAAGUACUGACCAAAUUUUCCAUCAUGAAGAAAGAAGUAGAAAUGAGGCAUAUAUUGCUCUACAUUGUUGGCUUUUGGAAAACUUCCUGACAGCUCUUUCUGCAGAAGAGUUUGUGGAGAGACAAAGUGUUAGGAUCU